GAUCUCGCACAUAACAUGUGGCCACCGGCACGGCCAUGACAUCUCCACCGAGGACCCGGAGAUCAUAGAGCAGAGCUAUGACAAUUCCACGCAUCAUGGAAAGGAUCGAGGUGGCUGGUCACAGUGGAGUGAAUGGUCACUAUGCUCACGUACAUGUGAUGGCGGCGUGUCCAGGCAGCUUCGAACCUGUUCAUCACCAGCCGGCUGCAGGGGCGAGCCAGUGCGGUACAAGAUCUGUAAUAUGCAGCCAUGCCGCGGCAAUGUAUCCCUGCUAGAAGAGGACAUAUGGCGAGAGCAGCAAUGCAGCGCUCACGAUGACACCCCCUAUGGUGGAGAGCUGUUCCACUGGCGAGCUCACCGUGAUGAUGCUGAGCCCUGCGCGCUCACCUGCAGGGGCACACCACAGCACUCGGGGCAGAGCCCUGAACCUACGGUGUCCCUGGAUGAUGAAGACCGCGUGGUGGUAGCUGUGCUGGCAGCCAGGGUGUCUGACGGCACGAGAUGCAGACCUGGCAGUCUGGACAUGUGCAUUGAUGGGAGAUGUCAGCGCGUAGGCUGUGACCUCCGAGUGGGGUCUACACGACGAGUCGACGAGUGUGGUGUAUGUGGUGGUGACGGGUCCUCCUGCUCCAGACCCCGGUACCACUGGCUCGCCACUCCAGGGUCACUGUGCUCUGCUACCUGUGGUGGAGGCUACAAGAUGUCGCUAGCAGUAUGCAGGGACCGCCUCACAGGGUCUGAUGCUCCAGAACAGCUGUGUGAUGCCUCCAGCAAGCCCCAGGCGUCAGUCGUCAGGUGUAACACACACCCAUGCCCGUUCAAAUGGUACGUGGGCGAGUGGUCGUCGUGCAGCGUGACGUGCGGCGGCGGCGUGCGCUCACGGCGCGUGCUCUGCGCGCGGUCCGCCAACGUCACCAAGACUGACACUUAUGAACCUGGUACAAAUUCGGAGCCAGGUUGCGUGUCCCCAGCGCCGCGCGCCACACAGCCGUGCAACCAACACGCCUGUCCUAUCUGGGUGGCGGGGCCCUGGUCUGGGUGCUCAGUGUCAUGCGGCGAGGGAGUCCAAGUUCGAGGAGUGGAAUGUACGCCCUCUGGCGGCGGGUGCGACCCAGCCACAAGACCUGAAAUAUCACGACCAUGUUCCACGGGCAUCAGCUGCCCAGCUUACAGGGAAUCUGACGAACCCGAGGAUGAAAUCGAGGACCUGCUCCCAGGAGUAGUCUACCACACUCAGCCGUUGAUACAGCCGUACCCAAUGCCACAAGCAAAGGCCGAGCGCCUUAUAGGAGACCCUGAUGUACCGGUAGAAGCAACCAAUUACAAAAUAUUCUUUGCGUGUGGCUGGUUAUAUGUAAGUUACAUCAAAGACGAUGACUGGGGUCCAUGCAGUGUGACCUGUGGCGAAGGAUGGAGGAAGAAGGAGGUCCAUUGCAAGAUAUUCCUGGAGUUUAGUAGAACUAUAGCCAAGUUGCCUGAUAGCAAGUGCUUGGGACCUAAACCUGCUGAAGAUACGGAGAGAUGCGUUAUGGAACCAUGCUCCAUGGCUUAUGGAACCUCGUUUGGAGAUUCCAGCGUGCCGUCUUAUGGCGGCACUGGGGGCGAUAGCAGGCUACUGACCUUCGGGACUUCAAGUAACAUCAGGGUGGCACCAGGAUCUCCAGGGAAGUCGUACUCUUGGAAAGAAAAGGGUUAUACGAGCUGCAGCGCAUCUUGUCUUAGUGGAGUACAGGAACUGAUCAUUCAAUGUGUAAGAGAUGAAGACGGUAAGAACGCGUCCCCGUACAUGUGCGACCCACUGACAAAACCAGAGAACAGAGUAAGGACUUGUAACGACCACCCUUGUCCACCCAGGUGGAACUAUACUGAAUUCUCACAAUGCACGAAGUCGUGUGGCAUCGGUAUUCAGACGAGAGAGGUCACUUGUAUACAUGAGGUGACUCGCGGUGGUACGAACACAGUAGUAGUCCCGAACAGCAUGUGCCCGCAGCCGCCCCCGCCGGACCGCCAGUACUGCAACGUGCUGGACUGCCCCGUCCGGUGGCACACCGGCGACUGGUCCAAAUGCUCCAAGACAUGCGGCGGAGGGUUAAAGCAGAGAGAUGUGGAGUGUAAACAAAUAAUGGCCCAGUCGCACGUGGUGGAACGUCCAGCGUCACUCUGCAGCUCCCCACGCCCAGCUGCCACCAAGUCCUGCAACUCCAGACCCUGUCUCCUGGACACUGCAUCCCCAGAGAUAUCGCUCGCCAAUUCCUCUUACAUACAGCAUGAUCCUAAGAAAAAGAAGGUAACAGUAAAGGUGGGUGGAUCGGCGACAAUAUUCUACGGAACACAAGUCAAGAUCAAAUGUCCAGUCAAAGGCAGGGCGGACGGGCGCUACCGAGCUAUGAUCGGAGGCACCUCGGAUGACCAGUCACAUGAACAACGGCCGGGGGACUCCAGGAAGAAUUAUAAGAAUAGACAGAAAGGAAAAAUAGACAAAGUCCGCGACGCUCUGUACGGGAACACAGCAACAACAAGUACGAAAGCAUCGCCCAGCUUCAAUUCUCAAGAACGAGAGCGAGAUAUGUAUGAUGAACAUGAGGGCCUUGGGAACUCCAGGGGUCAAAGGACAGUGGACUCCAUCAUCAUGUAUCAGAACUAUGGAGUGCCAACGAAGUCACAUUUCUUCAACUUGGAAGAUAAGCAGAUGGUUUUCCCGGAGGACGAUGAUUCUGACAUCAUUAUUGUGAAUGAAGAUUAUAACAGAAAUGUUCUAAGAGAUGUUCCUGUUGAGAAUCUUAAGGAUUCUCCUGAAGAGACUACUACGGAACAUAGAUUGGAAGCUCCAGACGCCCACGAGUACGUCUGGAUGACUACCGACUGGUCUCCGUGCAGUGCCCUCUGCAGCCAGACUGGUCACCAGAUCAGAGGAGCUGUUUGCCAGCACAAAAAAGACAACAGCACCACUACAGUGGAGACAGAAGAAUGUCUGUCGCGAGGUGGUACCCCACCGACAGUGGUUCGUGAAUGUGUGGGGGAGACGUGCGCGGAGUGGAGGACUGCGCCCUGGUCCGCGCCCAAGUGUCUUAGCAGUGGAGCUGCCAUAAUUCGUCGACGCGUGGAAUGCGUGGCGGUGAACGGCACUACACUGCACGAGAGCGCUUGUGACUCCGUCAGUAGACCGGAGAAGAUAAAGAGGGACACCAGCCUGUGUAAGGCCACCUGGGCUGUUGGGCCUUGGAGUAAGUGUGUAGGCGCAUGUUCCUCCGUGGGCCGCCAGCACCGCGCACUCCGCUGCGUGUGGCGAGCCGCGGGCGCCCGCCGCCGGGGGACGGAGAGGAGCGCGGCCGCCGCCUGCGAGGGACUGCCCCGCCCGGGGGUCACUAGGCCGUGCCAUGUACAUGCCUGUGUUAAUAAAGAUGGCAUAUGUCGGGACAGCUCCCGUUUCUGCGAGAACGUCCGGGCGAUGAACAUGUGUGCCCUCAAACGGUACAAGGAGCAGUGUUGCAAAACAUGCUCCGAUUGAACCAAUGAUUGCAGUUUAGAACACAAUCAUUUGAAUAUUUGAAUUUAACGGUCUUCGAUUCUGAAUGGCGGUUACGGUUUCAAAUUUCAAUGGCGGGUUAGUUGAAAAAUUGCGUUGUGAGUUUUUUUUUAUUUUGCACACAAAAUCGAGUCAUUUUUAAUUAAUCUGUAUAACUACUCGAUACCGGACUAGGACGAAACAACUAAGGAGGAUCAUGGUUUUAUUCAGAUAAAGAUCAUUGUUUUAGUUGCAAGUUAUUGCCCAUGACAAUAGGGUAGAUGCCUAAUUUUUAUUUUAAUGUCCGUCUAGUAGAUUAUUUUAAAUCAUUAGACACGUAUUUUUUAUUUUCUUACAGAAACGAAUCCUUUUGACGGUAUAUUGAUUUGAAAUGUCGCGUGAUGUCACUUCUAUGUACAUUUGAUACGUAGAAAUGAUGUUUUAGCCCCGCACUCCUAAACUUUGAUUCGUUUUAUCUAAGUAUUGCUUUAUUAUACGACAAAAUAAAAAAAAACGUGUCUAAUAUUUUUUAAUUACCUAACUUACGG